GGGGAGCCCCGCUCAGUCGACAUGGCCCGGCCGCCGCGCACCCCGCUGCUCCUGCUCGGCGCCGCCGCGCUGCUGCUCCUGCUGCCCCUCUCCUCUUCCUCCUCUUCCUCCUCUUCCUCCCCGGCCGAUGCCUGCGGGCCCUGCGAGCCGGCCACCUGCCCGCCGCUGCCCCCGCGCGGCUGCCCGCUGGGCGAGACCCGCGACGCGUGCGGCUGCUGCCCGGUGUGCGCGCGGGGCGAGGGCGAGGCGUGCGGGGGCGGCGGCGCGGGCCGGGGCCACUGCGCGCCGGGCAUGGAGUGCGUGAAGAGCCGCAAGAGGCGGAAGGGCAAGGCCGGGGCGGCGGCCGGCGGCGCGGCGCUGAGCGGCGUGUGCGUGUGCAAGAGCCGCUACCCGGUGUGCGGCAGCGACGGCAUCACCUACCCCAGCGGCUGCCAGCUGCGCGCCGCCAGCCUGCGCGCCGAGAGCCGGGGCGACAAGGCCAUCACCCAAGUCAGCAAGGGCACCUGCGAGCAAGGUCCUUCCAUCGCGACACCCCCCAAGGACAUCUGGAACGUCACCGGUGCCCAAGUCUACUUGAGCUGCGAGGUCAUUGGAAUCCCCACCCCCGUCCUUAUCUGGAACAAGGUAAAAAGGGGUGUCUCUGGAGUGCAGAAGACAGAACUCUUGCCUGGUGACCGGGAAAAUUUGGCCAUCCAGACCCGGGGUGGCCCAGAAAAGCAUGAAGUGACUGGCUGGGUGCUGGUGUCCCCUCUCAGUAAAGAAGAUGCUGGAGAGUAUGAGUGCCACGCGUCCAAUUCCCAAGGACAGGCUGCGGCAUCAGCAAAAAUCACAGUGGUGGACAACAUCCAAGACAUACCAGUGAAAAAAGGUCUUGGUGCUCAGCAGUAAAAAUGCAGAAUAUUUUAGUCUCCACUGCUAAAAGUACCCCUGGAUAACUUCGACCCUUGUUCUUAACCCAAUAACCCGUUUCUUUUGAUCCAGUCCUCUAACAUUUUAGUUGUAGUCAUUGUUUUUUACAGAGAGAAAUAUGAAAUAAAGAUAACACAUCAAGUCUAUCUACAAAAAUUUAUUGUUUAUUUACAGAACAAAGGCAUGCACACAAUUAAACAAAGCCAAUAAAAUGCUUUUUCUUGCAACAGA